AACCAACCCCUCUGGGACAGACCAGCUCCAAAUCUUAAGACUUGGUACGGUCGAGAAUAUUCUAGUGGUUAUCGCCUUAUCGACACCACCGGAAACCCGUCGCCAUCGGAAAUCGAUCUGCUCUGUUCGCCGGAAGAAAUGGCUUCUAUUAGUUUCAACGUAGGAUUUAGCUUCUCGGGUGUACGAAAUCAUCAGCAUCUGGAAGUUUCUAGAAGCCGAAGGGCUCGUGUUUUCGCUGGUAGCUCGUUUUCUCAGGCGUCUCCGCAACAACCGCUGGAGAGCUCCUCAGGGACGCCUCCGGAGAUCGAGCUCGAGUUCGUCGGUCCGAAGCCGGGGAGCGAUGGAUCGUAUCCGGUGGAUAAAGCGAAGGCGGUGAGUGGUGAGAAGCUGCUGAGGAGCAUUAUGUUGGAGAAGAAGAUUGAAUUAUACGCUGCUUACGGCAAAGUGAUGAACUGUGGUGGUGGAGGAAGCUGUGGGACUUGCAUUGUAGAGAUACUUGACGGCAAAGAUCUUCUCAACGAGAGAACAAAUACUGAAAACCGAUAUCUGAAAAAGAAACCAGAAUCUUGGAGGCUUGCGUGCCAAACAAUCGUCGGGAACAAAGAAAACUCGGGAAAGGUGGUUGUGCAGCGGUUGCCGCAAUGGAAGAAGUGAGGCCUAUCCAUGUAAGUAUCUAUCUUCAUGUCUACAACCCGAAUUUUCGGGGUAAUCUUCCAAAAACAAAAUUAAUUUAUAUGUAUAUGGUAUAUAUAAAACAUAUAUUCAUCAGAUUCAUUACGAUCUUUAGAAGCCAGUUCUUCUGGAUUCUGGUUG